UCCAUUGCGUUAUCCAACAACCUGUAAGCCCAUCUUCGAUUUUUCUCCUUCUAAUUUAUCCUCGAACAGUAAACUUCCAUUUCCGCCAGCAUAUCGAACCCAGUCACUACUAAUGAUCGUGCUCCUUGCGUACAUUUUCUUCAUCCUUGACUUUGUCACUACCGUGACGCUGGGUGCUACUAUACCUCAUUCUGCAAUCAUCAACGUUCGUACUCCGAGCGCAAUCAAAGCCAAAGUCGUAUUCCACUCUCAGGCUAGACGGAUAGCCGGCGAAGAUGAAGCAGAAGCCAUCCGAGAGUACGGUAUCGAGUAUAUACUCGAGCGAGCCGAUCUAGGUACCGGUGGAAACACAAUCGACAUUCAGAACAUUCAAUAUGUGGGCGAUCCUGCGUUCAACAAGCGCGACGUUAUAGAUUUUGAUGUAUGGUGCAUUCGGCUUAGUCACCACCAGUUUUGAACAACUGAACUGGCUGACUCAAUUUCCAGUCCUUUUCUUAUCCCUCUUACAGAAAUGCUUCUAUUAGAUAGAGGAACAAAACUGUAAGAGCGAUUUUUCUCAAAGUCAAAAUUGACGAAGUAAGUUCCAGCCAAAUGGCGCCCUUCCUAAUUAGGAAGUAUCAGGGUUAGGUUUACAUCACGUGUUGCACUACAUUACUCGUUCAAUCUAUGAUUCUGUGUUCAUGAUGUAUC